AUGGCUUCAGAAGAAAGCCCUAUGCUGGUGCGCAUCCCGCACGAAGCUGUUUAUGACCGAUUCGCGCCACACCAAAAGAGGUGGAUCCUAUCUCACGUGUCCUUUGUGGGUUUGUUGGCUAUGUUCGUCCAAGUGACGUUCGUGCCCUCGAUCCCUCGGAUAGCUAAAGAUCUCGACUUAACGGAUGCUGUCGUCAGCUUGGCUUUUAGCAUAUCGAUCUUUGCUAGUGCCAUCGGAUCGUUGAUUUGGGCUCCUUAUUCGUCUUUCUACGGACGCCGAAAAAUAUACCUGUGGGGAAUGCCGUUUCUCUGCAUUGGGAGCUGUGGCGUUGCCCUGUCCGCUUCAUUGCAGAGUCUGUUAUUCUGGCGAUUCGUGCAGAUGUUUGGAUGCUCUGGGGCGUUGUCGUUGGGGAUUGGCGCAAUCGGUGACCUCUAUAAAUUGGAGGAGAGGGGGACUGCUAUCGGGGCAUUCUUUAGUAUCACACUUAUCGGGUACACUGUUGCCCCGUUUGUUGGAGGUAAAUGCAUUCUGGAUUAUUGGUCCUGGCGCAAUCUGCAUUAUUCCAUUGGUGCAUGGGGAUUACUCGAGAUGCUUUUCAUAUACCUUUCGUUGCCUGAGACGAGUCAUCCCGGCACAUUGGGCAUCGAUAAACUGUCGUCCAGGAGAUCGAUUCAUAUCGUAUGGAUUAAUCCUCUAAGCACUCUUUGGUUGCUUCGCAGUCCAAACCUAUUUGCGGUUUGCAUUCUCAGUCAAAACAAUGCAGUUCUCGUCGUACCGAUGGCGUAUACUAUUGGCGUCCAGUAUGGAAUCACGAACGAAGCCAUCAUCGGGGCGCUUGUCCUCCCAAAUGGACUGGGAAGUCUCACCGGAGCUCUGAUUGCUGGCCGCCUAUCUGACACUGUAAUCAGAAGAUGGCGGGAGAAGCGCAGAGGAGCGUGGUGUCCCGAAGACCGUUUGAGAGCAACAUGGAUCGGAGGGCUGAUCAUUGUCCCGUUGUCUAUUGGGGCGUCAGGACUGAUCACAACGUAUAUUGGGGGCCCGAUUGGCCUCACGCUGAAUGUAUUAUGCCUCUAUGCGAAUGGAGUGGGGGUCGAUUCAGUAACGAGUCCUGUCAACUCUUAUAAUGUGGACGUGGUACAUUCUCGAAGUGCUGAGGCCACAGCUGCUUGCAUAGCGAGCUGGUCGCUCAUUCUGUCUGCUACUUCUGCUCUUAUCGUUGCAUCGAUCGAGCGUAUAGGUGUUGCGUGGACGAACAUCAUCGCGGCUGUCUUUGCGGUCAUUGGACAAGGGAUCAUCUUCUUGACAAUUCGUUAUGGCAAUCGCAUGAGGGCGAGCAUAGAUGUUGGUUUCUCGACAAUAGAGAAUAACUGA